CAACUGUGGUGUAAUGAGACCGAGCACAGUGUUACUCACACGAACACAAAUCACCAUCAGGGUAUACAUUCGAACAAUGCUAGCAGUAACUAAACAGCAUAAAAAUCAAACAUUCCAAUAUACAAAAUUAAUUUUUAAAAACCCUACCUUUUUAAAAUAUAAAUAAAGAAAUAAAUGUGGUGGUUUGCACAUGAAAUAGAAUGUCCCUUUCUCCAUAAAUAUUUAUUAAUGCUAUACUCUCUUAUAGAACGGCUUUAUUUACAAUAUUUUACAUUUUAACAGUUUUACCGUGCAUUAGUGAAAAUUAAAUCACUGUGAACAAUGCAGGACAAAUAUUAACUAUAUCCCUGUUUGAAUAAAUAAUAAACUUCAGAAAAGUUCGAUUUUCUGGAAUUCGAGACAUUUAAAACAAUUCCAGUGCACUACAAAAACAGUAUACAUUCACAUUCACGUCAUUAGUCUUGCAGCGCGUGUUAUCAUUAUCAGACUCAUUAGCGCGCGCUGCUCUUUGCUUCUGAUUGGUACAGAUGAGUAGGACUAAACGCAUAUGAAGUCAGACCCUCCCCCUAUUUACCCCUUAUUCGUCCUAAAGUCAGUGUCAUCAUAAUAAAACGCAACUAGCGGGGGGUCUGGACCUCUGCCAUUCUUACAAAAGCGUCGCGGAUCCUCUGUGAGUCAAAGCCGAGCGCGCGCAUCCUCCGGGAGAACUUCUCGCGCUCUGAGAGGAGUAACAUUAGACAGGUAACUUUCAAACGGUCCCGUUUUCUUUUACAUACUUGUGGAUUUUGAACUUUGUGAGAUGUAUUCGUGACUAGCGUCUUAUAAAGCAGCUGUAGGCUAAACAUAAAAAACAAACAGCUGAAGUCAAUCAAAAUUAGGGUAUUAGUGCGCUGAAUGACUUUUUUAUGUCAACGGACGAUAUGCUGGCUUGCUUCUGACUGAUACUGAAAAGAUUUUCAAAAAUGCCUCGGCCAGGCAAGAACUCCUACAGUGACCAGAAGCCUCCAUACUCUUACAUCUCUCUGACCGCAAUGGCCAUUCAAAGCUCGUCUGAGAAGAUGCUCCCCCUCAGCGACAUCUACAAAUUCAUCAUGGACCGCUUCCCGUAUUACCGUGAGAACACUCAACGCUGGCAGAACUCGCUCCGGCACAACCUUUCCUUCAACGACUGCUUCAUCAAGAUCCCCCGGCGGCCCGACCAGCCGGGAAAGGGCAGCUUCUGGGCCCUGCAUCCGGACUGUGGAGACAUGUUCGAGAACGGCAGCUUCCUGCGCCGCCGCAAGCGCUUCAAGCUCCUCCGGGUGGAGCAUUCGGCUUGCAAGAGUGGCCCCGUGCUGCACUCCUACCACUCUCAUGCCCAGCAUGCCUUGCACCAAUCCCACCACCAUUCGGGCAAGCUGGGCAUGGGACACCCGGAGUACCUGGGCACCAUGGGGCGGCUCUCGCACUUCCAGAGCUACACGCUUGGCGGCGGGCAGAGCGGCAGCUUCAAACACCCGUUUGCCAUCGAGAGCCUGAUUGGCAGAGACUAUAAAGGAGUGAUGGCCAGCGGGUUGCCCAUCGCCUCGGUCAUGCAUCACCUCGGGUAUCCCGUGCCCGCUCAACUGGGCAGCAUGGUCAACUCGGUGUGGCCACAUGUGGGCAUGCUGUCUGAGCCGGUGUCAUCAGAAUACCCACCGUUCAAUGUGGCGGUCAAGGGGCUGUACCAUCAUCACCCGGGAACCCAAAGCAUGCCUGCUGUGCCGGUGCCCAUCAAACCCACGCCGACCCUGGGCACAGUCCCGUCCUUGACUGGCAUGUCGCCGGGAGUAACGCAGCUGUGCCCGAGAACAGCAGCGCUGAUGGAGAGAGACGCAACAGCUCUUGUUGAGGAGAAAAGCGGGUCUCUCCAUCCUGCUCUCCUGCAGUCCUGAGCCAAACGCUGAAGACUGAGACACGAGGGUACGUAGAGCAUGUUUUGGGGACGGCUGUGGACUGAUUUGAGAUGCCAGCCUUUUCCGGAAGAUCCUUUAAGAACUGUUUUUUAUUUUUUUAUUUUUUUUUUGCUGUGUGUUAAAUUCUGCAGAGUGCAGAUUGUCAGAAUUCUGCUUUAUGGUAUGUGUACAUGUUUUAGCUACUUUUAAAAAAAAACAGUGUACUGUACAAAGGACUGUAUAAACUGGAAAAAGAAAAACAUUGAUGUACAUUUUGUAAACCCUUAAACAUUAAGCCUUAUAAAAGCUACACAGACUGUGUAAUGAAUUAAAAAUGAUGACUUGCAUGCUUGUGUGCCACUGUUGAAACAGUGGAUCGCUGUGCGUCUGGGAGAGAGUCGUGAAAUAACCCAAAGUGAAUUUUUGCUAAAUUAUUGUAUUCAUGUAACAUAGAAAAUAAUGUUAAAUGUUGUUAUAUAUUAUCAUAAAUGUUAUACAUGUAAAUAGGUGUAGAAUAUCAUCACUUACAGCAUUUGAAUUGCACUUGUGGUAUUUACUAACACAACACUGAAAUAUUUUACGAAGAUGAAACAAUCAAAUAGACAGUUCUAGUGAAUAAAAGCAGGCCUGGUUUAAGUGUGCUGUUUUAAAGUGGCAUGUGAGUUUUAACAAAAAAAUCAGUAUAAUUGUAUAAGACUUGUAAAUUAAAUAUUUUUAGAGUAAAA